AUGAGGCGCUGCCCGUGCCGGGGGAGCCUAAGCGAGGCAGAGGCCGGGGAGCUGCCGGGGGCGGCCCGCAUGGGGCUAGAGGCGCCGCGAGGGGGGCGGCGGCGGCAGCCGGGGCAGCAGCGACCUGGGCCAGGUGCAGGGGGCCCGGCGGGGCGGCCGGACGGGGGCGGGCCCCGGACCAGCCCCGAGGGGUCCAGCCUCUACAGCGAGCCCGAGAGGGUCGGCCUCGGGCCUGAGCCGGGGACAGACGGACAGGUUGAGCCUGAAGCAGCUGGCCUCGGAGCGGAGACUGAGCGGCCCGGCCCCAAAACGGAGACAGACAUAUCUAGCCUCCGGACACAUCCAGAAAGGAGCAGCCACUGCUCAGGGCUGGAGACAGCCGGUCCCUGGACUGAAACUGGGACAGAUGGCUUUUUGACUGAUUCACACUGGUCUGACCUCCAGCCUCAGCCAGAGAAGGCCAGCCUCUGGACACAGCCCGUCGUUGAUGGGCCCUGGACAGAGAUAGAAAUACAUGGGUCACAGACCCAACCAGAGAGGGCCAAGACCUGGGCUGAUAACCUCUGGACCCAUAGGAACAGGUCCAGCCUCCGGACUGAGCCAGAGGGGGCCUGUCCCUCAACAGAGCCAAGUGCCGAUGGCUCCUGGAAAGAAUUGUACACUGAUGGCUCCCAGAUACAACAGGAUACUAAAACAGCCUGGAAGCAGGUUGGCACUGAUGGUUUCCCAACACAGCAAGAUUCUGUUGGCUCCUGGACUCGGCCUGGCAUUGAUGGUCCCCAGACACAAGAUACUCAUGGACCCCAGACAGAACCUGGGACAGACUGUCUUUUGGGGGAAUCCAAGCAGGAUGGCCUGUUAGAGGAACCAGAACCCAGGGACUUGGGGGCUCACCUGUACUCUCGCCUGGAGUGUAGCCCCUUGACCCCUGUGCCCCGCCUCAUCAUCACUCCUGAAACACCUGAGCCUGAUGCUCAGCCAGUGGGACCCCCCUCCCGGGCUGAGGGGGGCAGUGGCGGCUUCUCCUCUGCCUCCUCUUUCGACGAGUCUGAGGAUGAUGUGGUGGCCGGGGGCGGAGGUGCCAGCGACCCCGAGGACAGGUCUGGGAACAAACCGUGGAAGAAGCUGAAGACAGUUCUGAGAUAUUCGCCCUUCGUGGUCUCCUUCCGAAAACACUACCCUUGGGUCCAGCUGUCAGGACACGCUGGGAACUUCCAGGCAGGAGAGGAUGGUCGGAUCCUGAAGCGUUUCUGUCAGUGUGAGCAGCGCAGCCUGGAGCAGCUGAUGAGCGACCCCCUGCGACCCUUCGUGCCCACCUACUACGGCAUGGUGCAGCGGGAUGGCCAGGCCUUCAACCAGAUGGAAGAUCUCCUGGCGGAUUUUGAGGGCCCCUCCAUUAUGGACUGCAAGAUGGGCAGCAGGACCUACCUGGAGGAGGAGCUGGUGAAGGCACGAGAACGGCCCCGGCCCCGGAAGGACAUGUAUGAGAAGAUGGUGGCUGUGGACCCUGGGGCCCCCACCCCUGAGGAACACGCCCAGGGUGCCAUUACCAAGCCCCGCUACAUGCAGUGGAGGGAGACCGUGAGCUCGACCUCCACCCUGGGCUUCCGGAUUGAGGGCAUCAAGAAAGCCAACGGGACCUGCAACACCAAUUUCAAGAAGACACGGGAGCUGGAGCAGGUGACAAAGGUGUUAGAGGACUUUGUGGACGGGAACCGUGGAAUCCUGAGAAAGUACGUGGCGCGCCUGGAAGAACUUCGUGAGGCUCUGGAGAACUCCCCCUUCUUCAAGACCCAUGAGGUGGUGGGCAGCUCCCUCCUCUUCGUGCAUGACCACACUGGCCUGGCCAGGGUCUGGAUGAUUGACUUUGGCAAGACGGUAGCCCUGCCUGACCACCAGACGCUCAGCCACCGACUGCCCUGGGCUGAGGGCAACCGUGAGGAUGGGUACCUCUGGGGUCUGGACAACCUGAUCCGCCUCCUUCAGGGGCUGGCCCAGGGUUGA